AUGCUUAAGUGGACGGUAUAUGGUAAAAAAAAUCAAGAUAUACAGAUAAACAACGAUGACGAAACAGAUGAAGCAGAACCUUACACUCACAAAACUUACGACGAUAAAGUAAGACGUUCUUUAGAUGCACAGACUGUAAAAAAAAGUAAAAAGCCCAGCAGAUAUCAGAGAAGGUCUUUAGGUGCGGCAGCUCGGAAAAAUAACUGCCGCAAUGUGGAUAAAGAAAACAUUAAUUGUGUAGGCAAUACGCCUAAUCACUUUAGAGAAGGUUUUAUGAAAAAAAUUGAUAGCAAUGCUUUAAAAGACGUAAGCAACAUUACCCCUACCUCUGGUAAUCCUAAUAUCGAAAAAAGAAUGCUAUAUCGAAAUGCAUCGAAAGACGAUAUUCCUCCAGAUUUACCUCCUACUCCUCCUACGUAUAGUAGAAGAGUUAGAGAAGCUAAAAAGAGGAAACUCGAAACCAGCUGCAAUAAUAACGUAGUUUUUAAUAGGAAUAGUUGUAUUUAUAAAUCAGAAAGAAGAAUCAAGCAAGAUAGAAGUUUAAUAAUAUCACCAAAACUAAGUCAUAGUGUUUCUGAACCAUCAUUGAAUGAGCUAUCAGAAAGAUUAAGCUCAUCUUCAGGUAGUAACAAAAGUUCAUUUGUAAUAGCAAAGCAAAUAAGUAAUAAAAAAACAGUAAGUACAACAAAAACUGCAAGUGAAGGUCUAGUGGAAAUAGAAUAUGACAAAGAUUUAGUCAUAAAUUGUGUUGAAAAACCCGUUAUAGUUGAUAAAACAAAUUUAGAAAAAUGUACUUUACCUAUAUUUGGUCACUGUAUGUUUACAGAUAACCCUUUAUAUUUUAAUAAAAAGGAAGAUGGUCCAACAAAUAUAAGGCCACUAAAACGCACUAGAAAAAAAUCUAAUGAGUUUGAAAGUUCUUUUAAAUCUCCUUCUAUUGAUAAAAAAGAUGUUCAUUCUUUAGUUCGGGAUGGUUGUUCUCCUUCUAUUACGCCAUUGUCUGUAAAACUAGCUGCUCUUAGAUUUAGCACUAUGAGUGCGCAUACUAAGUCACAACGAGCUGUUUGUAACAACGACAUUACUGAAUUUUUCCCAAAAGUGGAUAUUCCUUUUACGAUUCCAUUAAAAGAUGAAGAGAGCUCCACAGAAAUGGAAAAUAAAUUUAUUCUUGGGAAAGAUUCUAUUAACAGUACAACAGAGUCAACCGUUUCAACUACCCAAAUGGGAGAUAUAACUCUAGAAAGAAUGAUAGAAGACAUAAUUAAAAGCACGAAAAUAGUAAAAUCUAAAAGAAGAAUACUUACCAAUAUGCAACCCGAAGAUAAAAUCUCAAUUGAAGAAGAAAUUCCUACAAUCGAGACGAUUAAAGAUUUGUUUGUGAAACCACAAACUGAAAUGAAGACAAAUUUAAUAAAAGAAGCGAGAUACGUGAACUUAUCAAGAGAAAAUUCAGUGUCUCCUAAAACUACACCCACUAAAAAGAGAGCUCCAAUUCAUAGAGUCAACGAUAAGUUACUAAAGAAUGUUCCUAUUGGAGGAUUCAUCUUAGACGAUGGUGAUGGAUAUAAUGAAAGAGAAGUAAGAACUCCUGAUAAAUGUGUGGAUGUGAACCAUAAGUCUAAUGUUUAUGAUCGUGUAAAUAUGUCAUUAAAUAGAUCGCGAUCAAUGAACUCUUCUUUAAAUGAAAAACGUAAUCUGGACCUAGUAACAUCUGAAUCAACACCAGACUUAUAUUCUGCACUAAGAGAUUGUAAAAAUAGUAGAUGGAGAAGACAAAAAUGCAUUCGCAGAAAAAAAUCCACCGUAAGUAUCGAUAGUAUUUGGAAACAGAAACAAGUUGAUUCUAAAUCUUCGUUGGUUCUAACUUUAGAAAUGGGCUUACCCAGCCCGGCAAUAGAAUUACAAAACUCUUCACUAUGUGAACCAAUAAGUGCAGCAUAUUCUGAAAUUGUACCUAUAGAAAAGGGAUAUGCAUUAAACAACUCAAUAAGGUCUAAUGUAUCACACAGCAGUCUCAAAACGAACGGACCAGUGCAAAACAAAAGAUCUAGAGAAUUGUUUGGUUUAACAUUAGAAAAUGGGAUUCCCAGCCCAAUUACUCCAUUACCGAAUCUUAAAAGGUCCAGUAAUGUGCUCAGUGAAGAAAGAGCUCGUAAAACAAGUAAAUUAGAGGUAGAUUUACUAUCAAAUGGGUUGAUGACACCUGUGUUAGAACAUAAAACAUCAAGACGUUGUCUAACUUACUCUCCGGAAGAUAGCAGUAUUAGUAGCAGUGAAGAAAAAAGGCAGAGCGUCGCAAGUAAUCGCUUAGAGCGAAGCACGGAUCGAUUUCAAGCAUUAAAAGGAACUAUUGAUUUAGAAAUAGUCAUGAGAAAUGAUAUAAUAGACGUGCACGUAAUUCGCUGUCGAGAUCUGCAGCGUUCUUCUGGAAAAGUCGACGAGAUCAACGCGUAUGCAAAGGUCGUUAUCAGCGGGGUCGCGGAAGAUCAGAGCUUGCCAUCACAGCGAUCAAUAUUCCAGCGUACCUCAGUCCUUUACGGGAAGAGAGAACCGGAGUUCCAGAGACACCUGAAACUGCCGUUACCGAAUGCUGUAUACGACCAUCAGAUGCUGCACAUCUCUGUAUGGCACAGGGAUAAAAAGUACAGACGGAGCGAGUUUCUAGGAUGUGUCUCGUUUCCGUUGAAAGAUGCGAUUAAAAGUGACAUUUCCGGCACGUACUUCCUGCAGCAGGGGCGCCAGAGCGCGGCGCAGGACUGUCGCGUGACCGAGCGACGCAAGAUGGCCACAGACAACACUGACGCUAGCACCAAUGAAGCUAGCACCAAUGCUAAAGAAAAUCCUGACAAAGGCGUAACAUCCAAUGGUCCAGCAACAAACCAAGCUCAAAUAGCUGCAGCGCUGCAACGCGAGGCCGACGAGCACCUAUUUCUGAGAUACUUGGAGCUCGAUCCCCCUGAGGAUCCCGCUGCUCCACGGCGGACACAAAGGAAUGGACGGACGCCAUUUACGACUACUAGAAAAUUAGUACGAGCAAUGAGCGGAGGUUUUGGUUUCACGGUGGUCUGGACUCGUCCUCCUAAAGUGGAAAGAGUAGCGGCUGGUGGGUCAGCAGAAAAGGCGGGUCUUCGGGCCGGUGACUACAUUGUGUUUGUAGGCAACAAAAAUGUAGUCACAGCUUCAGAGGAAGAGGUCCGCAAUCUUGUCAAAUCGGCUGGACAGACCCUGAGUUUAGAGACCUUUAGACGCGUACCACAGAACGGGGUUGGAGCUAAGCCACGAUUAGCUCAAGUCACAAUACCAGCUCCGGAAUCUACGCCACCUCCAGCUCCUAGAUCUCCAAGGGCUGCGGCUUUAGCCUCCCCUGCAGCGGCUGCCAGACCACCAACGGCAUGUUCUUCUACCAGUCAGUCACUGGAUAGACGCAAGCUACACCUGCCCCAAGUUACAUUUUCAAAAGAGACCACAGGCCUAUCAACAGAUGUGAGAAAGCGGGCAAUUCUAGCCUUGGUGGCAAGAGAACAGCAUUACUCAACCUGCCUUCAAUUUGGCCUCGUUCGGUUCGUUUCACCUCUAGCUGAAAGAGCGGACCUCAUUGCUCCAAGCGAUCACCAAUUACUGUUUCAAAAUAUAGAAGAGAUAUUCAGGCUAUCAGAGGAUAUCUUGGACCAAAUAGUUCAAGAUGACGGUGAAAUACAGACGUCAACGGUUGUUGCCGUGUAUUUACAAAAGGCUUCUGUGUUCCUUAGUCUCUAUAAGAAAUAUUGCCUAGGACUAAAAAGAGCCGAUUGUGUAUUGGUAAAAAAAUCAAAAGACCCCAGCGGUGCAUUUUCAAGGUUUUGCACAAGUCCACCAAUACCGAGAAGAAGGCCAGAUAUAACAUCAUUAGUUCACAAACCACUUGAGCAGUUUCGAGAACUGCUCAGAUUAAUGAGAGCAGCAGUUGGUUGUAAUGGGUCAGGGCCUUAUGAUCAGCUUGAGAAGAAGCAACUUCAAGUUAUUGUGGAGCAGUUGCAGUCUGGUUACCAAGAUGUCACAGCGGGAUCAGGUUUGAUGGGGCUUGCUGGAGAUGGAAAGCCAUUAUUAUCUGUUGCCGACCUUGAGAGUCGACUAGUGUUCACUAGAUGUAAGCCAUUCGUCUUAAGCACGGCAGGGAGGCAAUGGAUCUUUGGAGGAGAGCUCUCCAGAGUCGAAGGAAGAACAAUUCGACCAUAUUGGGCGUUACUAUUCUCAGACCUGCUGCUUUUUGCCACUGUGUCAAGGGACCGAGUACUAUUUGUGACAGAGGAGCCUGUAGCAUUGGGGACUGUUUCAGAAGCUCAGUUCAAUGUUAGAAAAAAAGCGACUGAAUUUCGACUAAUCUUGGGUCGAGCUGGUGGUGAAAGUCCAUUAGUAUCUUGUGCUCCACGGACCCCAGCACGAUCUAGGCCUAUAGUGUUAAGAGCACCUUCGAUUGACUUGAAGGCUGUUUGGCAGAGCUUAUUGCAGAGACAAAUUUAUCGGGCCCACACGAUGUCAGGAACACCACUCGGAUCACCACUGGACUCACCCGAUCCACAGCUGACCUUCAGCCUGGCAACCCUCGACUCCCAACAACGACAGACACGUCGCAGCUCAGCGGAAACACAAACUGGUGCUGGUAGUGCUGUGGAAGGUCCAAGAAGUAACAGAAGUCGAGGUUCCACCUUACAUUUGCAGAGAUGGAUGACUCAAUUGCCUGAGGCUGAGGAAUUAGACCCACCAGAGCAAGAUAUGGAGAUGUGGAGUGUAGAAGAGCUUAGAAAGAGAUCAAAAGAACUAAACCUUUUAGAAGUAUCAGAACUUAUUGAAAAUAGUACUGAAAAAAAAGAAAGUACUGUUGUUAAUAUGGUGGAAAAGAAGGAAAAUGACCGAAGUCCAUCAAAAAGUAGUAAUUCUGGUAGUCAGAUUACUGUGCGAACGAGUCCAGUUGUAGUUGAUACUAUCCCAGUCUGCCGACAGUGUCACAAGAAAUGUUUGUCCAAGCCAAAUAGUCCACUAAUAUCACAAAAAGAACCACCGGUACCUCUUAAGCCAAGAGCUGAAGCUUCGCCUCAAAAUUCUGCUUCAAAUAAAACUCAAGAGAAAUACUUAAACGAGGUAAAAUGUGUAGAAAGCAUAACAUUAUCAAAAACGAGACCAUCAGCUUACUCUUCACCAACGACUGUAAUAAAAGAUGAACGAACGAGACAAAAAGCUGAAACUGUGUUAAAUAAGGUAUUAGGCAUGAAUAUAAUAACAAAACGAGAAAACGUUGGAACUCGCCUUAGAACAUCGUCAGUCUUUUUAGAUGACGAUUCAAUCCACGACGAUGAUAAUGACUUCAGAAUAGAAAGAGGCCUUCGCAGGUCACCAAGAAUGGGUAUAUCGGCUGUGAGCAAAAUUAAUGGUGAUAUAAGUAUUAAGUCUGAAAUGUUUGAAGAUAUAAAUGCGAACACAAAUGAUGUAUUAUCUGACGAGGAUUCUGAACUAGGACCUCUAAUGUUAAUGGGUCUUUCUGCUAUUAAUCCGGCAGCACAUCUUAUGAGGGUUGAACCAUUUAAAAGGACACAUUUUGAACUAUCCGCAACUAGCAUAAAUAAUAAGGUAAAUUCAAGACCAGGUAGUCUUGGUUCAAUACAAUCCGAAUCACCUGUGCCCAAUAUAGCAAUUGUACCACCAACUCCUGAUUAUAAUACGACUAAUAAGACUGAUGAGCUUGUAGAUGAAUCUCCCGAUUCCCCAGACGUCCCAGAUGACUUGCCUUAUAUUUCACUAAAAAGGUAUGGCACAAUGUCAAGCCUCGAAAGGCUACCAUCCGAUGAGACUGAUGAUGGUAAUAUAAGACUGACAGCACAGGAGCCAGAUAAUUCUAAAACAUAUAGCACAGUAACUAGUGCUGCAGGUGGUAUAAUGGGAUGGACAGCGCGUGCCGGAUCAUUUGUUGUUGAAAAGAUGAAUAUAUUUAGCCACACGGAAAGCGUGCCAAACACCUCAAUAGCCCAUAAGCAACCUUCCUUUUUAGAACGGUGCCUUGGAGUUGGUGACUGGAAAUCCGCCAUUGGAACUGAAGAAGGUACAAUUGAAACUGGUGAAGGUAGUGGAGCCAGCGGUGAAGAAGCUUGGGGCACUCCAUCAUCUGGUGACCUCUCAGACAAUCUACCAGAUUCCGAACAUGGAACACUUUCUUCACCAACAAAGUCUUCUUCUUCAUACGCUGGCGAUGAUGAUACGGAACUGAUGAUGGAUGAACUUCUUAUGGCACCAACAAUAACUGGACCAACUACUUUGAGACCCCUCUUACCAAGAGAUGUAUUUAGAAGAAGACUAGAACCUUUAUUAGAAGAAGACGGUUCAGAUAGUGGAAGCGAAGACAACAAACCAACACCUACAAACUCUGAUGACCAGGGCAGCGAGCGUGGCCUCGGUGCUGACGAUUGUUGCGACGCGCCGCACCGACCGCCCUCUGCAAACGUCUCAGAAGCAGAGGACGGUGUGUGCGACGCGGAGCCCGAGGGCCUUGGAGAGGAGCACACUGGUGGCGUCGCGUCAGAGCUGAGUCCAGAUCGGACUCCCACCAACGAGGCACCUUCGAUGCCCUUACAAUCUGUUUCAAAAGAGUGUGUGGAACGAGCAUCUGUUGGCGGCGGUCGGCGGGGCUCAGCCAGUUCAGCCAGCACGCCCUCCACACUCGAACGCACCACUAUCCACAACCCCACACCCCUACAUCAGCUGUCACCAGCUUCAGAGCCACCACCAGUACCAGAGUCUUCGCGGGAGGAGAUUCGCCCAGCGUCUCCGGAGCGGCUCAGUCCCCGUGCGGAAAUGCGGCUGGCACUCGACCAGGGGAAGGACAUAUUGGCGGAACAGGAAGUGGCAUGGGGUGGCGCGCGCGACCAUUGGUCGUUUCGCGCAGCGUGCCAACGGUCGCUGGUGCGACGCGUGGCGAGCGCGGACGCGGUCACACUGUGCCGCACCGCCCCUCAUACUACUUCGCGCAGUUCUGUAUAUGCUUGGAAAGCUCCAGAAACCGAACCGAAACUUAUGGAGAUGGAGCAACUGGCACGAGCGGAAGCUCUGACGAUGCGUUCGCGGACGCGCUCUCAAUGCCAGAACGGGAAGAUAUUGGGAUUCCUCCGCCGCCGAGCUUCCUCCGAUAGCCCUCACCGCGAGCCUUUCCUGCUGAACGCUCGGCCGUUUUCCCCCCGCCGAAGCACUGAAAAACAUUUCGAGAAACGUUUCUGGAAACAAGUGACCAGAAGACGUCAAUCUUGUGGCUCCAUCAGCCAAAUAUAGAGAGACUUAAAAAAAAACAUAGACUUUUAAAACUAAAAAACGUGUAAGUGUUCAUCGUGGUGUACUUCAAAUUAGAGAGAAGAAGUUUAUAGAACUCGUUUUAAUGUAGACAGUGACAGUGUUCACUUAUAAAAUGGACCAGGUGAAGUUACGUGAGUAGUUUUUAUUUUCACUGACUGAGAUUUUAAUGGAGUAGAUGAUUUUGGAGCAACGAAUGUGUUGAAUAAAGUAUAGAGCAAAGAAUAGUUAGGAUGCCAAAAUUUGCCUGAUUUGAAUGGAUUUGCCAAAAUAUUGACGAAAGGGACCUGUCGACAGAACUUCAUAUCGUAGAUAGAAACCAAAUGUGGUUGAAAUAGGAACUGUUUUAGAUAGAAAAUCUAUAAGGCCUAAUAUGCUUAUUAUGGUGUAUAAAACUUUGAAAGAAGCGGUUUAAAGUUUCUCUUAAGUAGAUGUACAUAUAGUAAGUACCUACUUAAAAGGUAGUAGAAUAAGCUUUUUUUAAAAAGGCUUGAUCUUUGUAUAUUGUACCUAGUUUUAGCAACU